CUCUCCUUCGUUGCAUCUUGUGACAUCUUUGAGUCAAGCCUAUUUAUUAUACGACGCAGAUCGGUGAAUAGCUUUGUAGUGUUUUGAACUAUUAAGGUAUUUUUAAUAAAUCUAAACAUUGAGCUACUUCUCUUAAUAAAAGUUGUGCAGUUAAUACAGUUUUGAAGUGCUUUAUCGAAAUUUUAUAAGAGAAAUACGCGACUUUGGUUGGUAAACAACUUUCAUUCUUGUGCUCCUAUUUUAGUUGCAUCAUUGUUUAAUACGUUUUAUUUGUAAACCUUACAUAUGUAAGUUUUCAUUUGUUAUCAUGUCGGAGCAAAAGUCUUUCAAGGAAAGAAGAAGCUUUUCUCAAAGGAAGAGAGAUGUUGAGCAAAUUAGAGAGCAACAUCCAAAUAAGAUACCUGUUAUAAUAGAGAGAUAUUAUGGAGAAAAAUUGCUACCAUUAUUAGAUAGAAGUAAAUUUCUGGUUCCUGAUCAUAUCACUGUUGGAGAGCUUAUAAGAAUUAUAAGGAGGAGAUUGCAACUGCAUCCAAAUCAAGCCUUUUUUCUUCUCGUAAACCAGCGUAGUAUGGCUUCUGUUUCAAUGACAAUGGGUGACCUGUAUGCGAGAGAAAAAGAUGAGGAUGGCUUUCUGUACACAGUUUUUGCAUCACAAGAAGGUUUUGGAUUACAAACUAUGUGUAAUUGAAAAAUUAUAUAAAAUAUUUAUACUGCUGUACAGUUGUAAACAAUGAAAUCUGACAGUUUUCUGUUUUUCAUCAUAUAAUGAUUUGGCUUUGUUGACUUAGACUGAGUUUAGUCGUAAAAUGUAAUAUCUGAAACAUGUGAUGUACUUGUCCACAUAUAGCACACACACACAAAUAUAUAUAUAUAUUAUAUAUGAAUGAUUUAUCCUCUUUUGCAAAAGCAUUAGGUAUAGUACCUUAAUUUCUUAAUCCCUGUAAGUGUUUAUUAAUGGACCCAGGGACUGAAAGAAUAGUGGGAAAAAUGAUUUGUGCAAAUAUUUUAUUAUACAGUUAGUUCAUUUUCAGCUUCUAUUGUAAAGAAUAGUAUGAGCAGUUAUAAGCUGAUUAACUAGCAGUAUAUUAUUUUUUUGCAUAUGAAUUAACUAUUUUUAAAAAUUUAGAGGAAUAAAUUUAACAAGUGUAAAGGCAAAUAUAUAGCUAGUUUUUUAUGCUUUAUAAAAGUAAUUUUUAUGAACUGUAUUUUCUGUCUUAAGUGUAUUAGAUUUAUAAUAUAGUUUUAGAAUACUAAUAGAAAUGCAAAGAACUCAGAAUGCAUCCAGCUUCAUUGUUAAAUGGAUAUAAAUAUAUUGAUUUUCCUAAGAGAGCAGUUAACACAUUUUGUAUAAACUUUUAUUAUAUGCACAAUAUUCAGCAAGUGUGUUUGUCCCCCAAGGAUUAAAAUGAAUUAUAAAAAUAUCCCUUUAUUGUAAUCAAGUGAAAAUAUAAUUUCUGUUUUUAAAAAUCAUGUCUUAGUUUCUGGUUAAAUUUUAGUAUGUAUUAUGUAUUUAACAUUUUGUACUUUUUUACUGUGAUAUUUCUGAACUAUUAUUUAUAUUGUAAAUAGAAGUUCACGAAAGUAUAGUAGUAUAUCAACAUUGGAAAUAAAAUAUCGUAUCUGAAAAGAAUAAUGCUAUUUUUUAAAAUUCUGUUAAAGCUUAAGAAUAAGAGUUGCAUAAUUAAGUGAAUUAAUUAACAGUAUGAUUUUAUGCAUAACAAGUAUUUUAAUGAAAAUACUUUAUUUUAAUCUAUUAUCAAUUUUAGCUUAUAGCAACUGAUGUUUUAGUAUUUUAUAUACUUUCUCCUUGUGCAAUUUGCAAGAGCGAAAAUUUGACUUAUAAUUUAAUCAGUGUGUCUGAAAGAUUUGCAUGCGAGUCUAGUAAUGUAAGUGAAAUAAAUCAAAUGCAUUUUUACUUUUUUAAUUCUUUAAAUAAUUUUUAUUUCAUUAUACUUCUGCAUUUUCUGCUUUAGAUAUUGCCAUGAGCACAAAUUAAUGUAGUACUUGCUUGUAUGUACAUAAAAAAUCUCAUUGAAAAUUUAUUUAGUAUAAGCAUACAGUUUAAAAUAAAAUGCAUCAAGUCACAUGUAUUUUUACAUGAUAUAUCUCAACUAAAAUAAACAUGUAUUUUGUGCUGAAA